AAUUCAUUUUCAUGACGUCACUAGUCUCUCAGGAAAAAUCGAAGUGGCAAGAUGUGUUUGGCCACAAUGGCUAAUAGUUCGGACUAAAUCAGUGAAUAUGUAGCGCAGGAGAAAAAUCUGUCAAAAAGUGUUUGGCUAAAAUGACCAUCAACCGUUUCAUCUUAGGGUUGAUUGUGGUAUUAUCGUAUAAUGUCUGUAAAUCAUUUCCAAACAGAUAUGAUGAUGAAGAAUUGAUCAAGUUACUUAAAAGAUAUGAAGACCUGGAGGUUGGAGAUGGUAUUCCAUUAAGAGAUCUGAUUCAAAAUGGAUUUGAUGAAAGACAGGAGAGUGAGAAAGUGAAAGCAGAGGAUAAUGGGAUAGACUUAGCAGCCAAGGAUGAGUACCAAGAGAAAGUUCAAACCUCGAAGGCUGUAUCCUUAGAUGAGACGACUACCACUCCCCACCCAAUGCCUAAGGCACCCCAACCCCAUGUUCAGCCUGACCCUAACUCAAGCAAAAAGCCACUCAUUCCUUUGUCAAAAGACAGCAUGCUGUUUAUAGGAAUUGUGGCGGCAUGCAGUCUGGCAGGUUUUGUAGGCCUCAUCAUGGCAGGAGUGUUUUGGUACAAGUUACACAAGAAAGCGAAAGCUGCAAGUGAAGUUGAUUACCCUGCAUACGGGGUCACUGGUCCUGCUAAGGAGCGAAUAGGACCAGGGCCUGGAGACAGGAAACUGGCUCAGAGUGCUCAAAUGUACCAUUACCAACAUCAGAAACAACAGAUGAUUGCUAUGGAGAAGGCCAACGGGGAGAUGAAGAAUGAAGCAUCAGAGGAGGAAUCCGAUGAGGAGAAUGAGGAGGGAGACUAUACAGUGUACGAGUGCCCGGGGCUGGCUCCUCCGGGUGAAGUGAUGGAGGUCAGGAACCCCAUGUUUUCAGCAGAAACACCUACAGGCACACAGUCCACAAACACUCCUCAGGAUCCACCUCAACAGUAGAUCCACCACUCCUUUUCCUAACACUUAUUCUCUCAUUGUCAGAAAGCUUGACAAAAUUCUGCUCUUGAUUGUUACUGGCUGUUUUAAUUGUAAUGUUUCGGAUGCUUUACACUGAAUUUCACUCAACAGUUUUUCCUGGAUUUGUGUAGUUUGAGUAAAUUGUUAUUGUACUAUCUUGUGGAUCAACACAGUAAUGGGUGUAGUCUUGGCAGAAUGGGUCUAUUUUCAUCUUUUCUUUGUUGUAUUUAGUGUUCCUGUAUACAUGAAAAUGUUAGAUCUGCAUUUCCUACUUUUAUUCAUCACUCCUAACUUUAAUUGUGAUACGCAAUAUCAUGUAGAAAAAUCUCCAUGAUUCUCACUUGUUAUGUUUACAUAGAGGGUUUAAGUCGGCGUUAAUUCUAGACAGUCUUUCAAUGACGUAUACAGGUCAAUAUUGUAAAUCAUGUGACAAAUUACUUCUUUAUCUGUAUAUCUAUAUUUCAUUUGACUAAUUUAUUCAGAAACAAAAUCAAUUAUUGUUGCAUUUAAUUCUGGUAUGUAGGAUUUUGUUGAAAAUAAUGGCAUUUUGUUGAGGAAGGGGGAUUACUGGGGUUGUAGCCCGCUUUUUUGAUGAAAAUUUUUCACAGAAAAAAAGUCAGUUAAUGGUUUUUUGGUGGUUUUAUUUUUGAGCUUGCAAUCCCCCUUCCCCCUUUUCCAGUGGAAAGGGUACGUUAUUGAGUUGCAACCUCCCCUUUUCUUGAUCUACCAAUGCAUUUUGAUAGUGAAAUUUAAUGAUUCUUACAAGAUAAGAAGAAAUAGGAGAAAAAAAGAAUUCCAUGUUUGAUGCACUGGAGAAUUUUCGUAAGCUGUUGAUACCCGGUUUGAUGUUUUAAGAUUUAUAUAUUAUAUUUAUUUGUUAUCCAUCAGAAAUGAUGGAAAUUACUCUAUUUCAGACAGUUAUUCUGAAUAUUAUACAUAUAGUACAUACUAAAGCAAUCUCCAUGAAAAGAAAUCCAUAGAACCAUAAUGAUCUCUUGUUUUGCACAUUCCAUAUUGUUUCAAAGUAUUUAUGUUUCUGCAAUAUUUAUAAGAUUACUCUUCAAACAAUAUUUUGUAACAUUAUACAUUUAAAAAGAUUAAAUUGGACUUGACCAUAUCACUUGCAUAUGUGUACAUCAUGCCAAAAUAAUUGUCAAACUUAAUGCAUUUUAUCUACUGCAGCAGGAAAAUUUCAACUGUAAUACUUUUCAUCUCAAUAUUCCAACAUUCAGUAGAAAGUACACUAGAUUAUUGUCUAUAGGUAAUGGCCAUUAAAAAUUGUUGUGUAAAUCCAAGCUACAGCUGUUUUGGCAUAAGAUAGAAAGUCCUAUUUUGAAGAGAAUACAAGAAAUCAUGUCUUUUGCCAAAACAACUAGAUGUAUUAACAUGAUCAUUGUAGCUGUCUGAUGUUGUCAGAUUUACCUCAUCUUCACAGGUUUCAUUUCAUAUGUAGAAUAUCGGAAAGUCCCUGUCCAACCUCUUUUUUAUGGUUGAUUUAAAGGUGUUUUUUUUCCCAAGAAUUAUAAUGGUUACAGAGGUUUUGUAGUAUUUGAAAUUUUCUGUGUAGUGAAAUUAUUUGACACAAAAAUGUAUUAAAAGCACAUUCAGUAUUUUAGGACAGUUUUUCAAGAAUUGAUAUAUUAAACAGCUCGUGUGAUUCUGUACAAUAUACCACAUAUGAAAUAAAACUUCUGAUCAAAGCAAA